UUGUCAAUUUCGUAAAAAUAAACAUUAGUUAAAAUUUCAUUAAAUUUGAUGCUUGCAAUUUUUUGUUCAAGCUAGCAUUUACAGUGAACUGUUCUUUCAAUUUUUAGUUCGAUUCUUUUAGCGUAUUCGAUCUAAAUCUUGACAGCAUAAUCAGUUAGCUUAAUUUAUUCUAAUUCAUUUAGAAAGAUGAUCAACUUAUCAUUUGCUGGUUGUGGCUUUUUGGGGAUUUAUCACGUUGGAGUUGCAAGCUGUUUUCGGGAAUACGCGCCUCAUGUUUUGGUAUCCAAAAUAGCUGGAGCAUCUGUUGGUUCUGUAGCAGCAGCAGCACUAAUCUGUGAUGUUUCCUUGGGUCAGACAACUACCGAUAUAUUGUCAGUCGCUGUUAAGGCAAGGUCUCAAACUCUUGGCCCUCUGAGCCCGAGGUUCGAUCUGAAUUCCAUUUUGAAAGAACGCCUUGAAAAUGCAUUGCCGGAAAAUGCCCACAUUCUCUGCAGUGGACGAUUAUUCAUUUCCGUCACUAGAUGGUCAGAUAAUCAAAAUGUCAUCCUGUCCCAAUUUAAUUCGAGGCAAGAACUCAUUCAGGCUUUGCUCUGCAGUUGCUUCAUUCCAUAUUAUUCUGGUUUAAACAAACCAAAAUUUCAAGGCGAGGUUUAUGUGGAUGGUGGAAUGAGUGACAAUCUUCCUGUUUUAGAUGAUAAUACUGUAACUGUUUCGCCUUUUGCUGGCGAGCAUGAUAUUUGUCCUCAGGAUGAAAGUUGUAAUAUUUUACAAGUGAACUUGGUGAAUACAAGUAUUGCAGUUUCACCUGGAAAUAUUUAUCGAAUGUUUAGAAUUUUAUUCCCGCCAAAGCCUGAAGUCCUCAGCAAGAUGUGUCAGCAAGGGUUUGACGAUGCUUUGAAGUUUUUACAAAGAAAAAAUAUCAUCACUUGUACCCGGUGUUUGGGCAUUCAGUCAGUAGUCAAGAUUUCUGAGCCACAUUUUGAUGGCAUGUCACGUAAAUCUGUAAAUGAUAUUGAGAUGCAACAUCCUUAUGAUGACUGUAUUGAUUGCAGAUAUAAAAGACAGAUGGCUAGCUUAGGAAAUUUGCCUGAAGCAGUUGUUGAUGCUAUUCAGGAUGCUUGUGACCAAGUUAAUAAAGGCCUUGUUAACUGGUUAUACAGGCGGCGGCCUGUAAAACUUUUAUCCAUUUUAAGCCUUCCAUAUACCAUUCCAUUAGACAUCUCAAUUGUAAUAUUUGCCAAAAUUUGGAACCAAUUGCCAUCCCUUAGAAAAGAAAUGCUGUCCAAAUUCCAAGGCAUUGUUGAUCUCAUCAAACUGUUGCUCAAGAAACUUGAUCCUGACAGGAAAAUAUAUAGUGCCAUGUUUUCUUGUGAACUUGCUAUUACUGAAUAUGACUAUACACCAGAGGAAAAAGCGACAUCUACUUAUACAUUAUCGAAUGGAAAUGCUCCUCAGUAUGAGACCUUUAAAGCUGAAGAUAUACAAGCUCCUAAGCGAAAAAUUUCCAUCAGAUCUGAUCCACCCAUUGCCCGAAUGCAGCGGAAAUCAUAUGCAGGCUUUCCCCCUGUGCAAGUGCCACAAGCCGAACCAGUUCGUCGCAAAUCUUUCAGCGAGAUCAGUCAACCAGAGCGUGUCAUCAGAAACAUGAAAUUUGGUUUUGCAGUAGGACUUACCUCUGAAAUCAGCAAAAAUGAUAAGAACAAGGAUUUCUUCCAGUCUCUAAAAUCAUUGGGUGAAGAGGACAAUGACUACAAUAUCAUGCAUUUGGCCAACAAAGCUCUCAAGAUGGAACGUCAAUAUAUCAGUCAGUAUAUGAAUUCAACUAAAGACGACAGUGUUGGCAAAGUACUGGAUGGGCCCAAUGCUGAAGCUGUGAUGAGUUACUGUUAUGUUGAUGAAGAUAAAACUGUGAAAAUUACUGAAAUCUAUAAUGUGACUGAUGCUGAUACCAGCAUGGUUUUGUCUGAUGAAGAAAGAAGUGUUAAUAGUCAGUUACAGUGGGAAAAUGACUGGAUUGAAUCUCCAGGAUUACAGCCGGUGCCCCCAGUAUCUAUUACUGACACUCUAGAUGACAAUGAAUUUGAUACAAGUGAUGUAGAGUGUGACUUAACUGAAAAUAUAGAUUCUUAUGAUAAAAGUAAAAAUACAUUAGAGAGCAUAAAAGUGGAAAAAGAUUUCACUCCUGCUAAACCUUACAGAAAAAUGUCAUUAGCACCCAAUAUGGAGGUAUUUGGAACCAAAGAUAGCUUAGAUUUAGAAAAUGUAAAAAUAGAGAAACCUUUUAGGAAAACAUCAUUUGUAAUUGUAAAUUAGAAAUUAUAUUUAUUAUUCAAAAGUAUUUAUGCUUUUAUUAUGUGAAUAGCCAUAUAGAGUUCAAUAUUUAUGCUUUUGACAUGUAUACAAUGCUUAAAUAUUAGUAAAUAUUUAUUAAAAUGUACGAUUGAGUUGCUCAAAAUGAUGUAAAGUUGAGGAAGAGAUUUGACAUUUAGCAUUUGAUUGUAUCAUAGUAAAAAAAAAUUAUCAUAUACUUUCUGAUAAUCAUACUAAUGUUAAAAAUUAUUAUCAUUUAUUAAAUGUACACUGUUUUUCUAUCAAGUUCAACAUAUUAUUUAAAUUUUUCUAUGAAUUUCAUACUCCUAAUAUAUCUGUUGAAUUUUUGAAAUAUUUACCUAAAUUAAAAAAGAAAAAGACUUAUAUGGCACAUCACUCAUUUUUCUGUGAUAUAUGAAGCUGUUAAAAGAAAAACAGAACAUAGAGAGCUUCAAGAAAACUUGUUUAGUCCCCCAUUUCAUCUUACUCAUUAUCAUGAAUAUUUAUGUUUUCAUGUUCCUUUUGUAAAGUAUUUAUUUUGUUAUCUCAUUUUGAGAAGUUGUCAUUCACUCCAAAGCUAUUACCAAAUGUCUUCAUUUUUAAGAAGAAAAUCUUACUGAUAGCUGGAAUUGUCCCUGUUUUUUAUACAUUAAUUUUUCUGUUUUUAUCAUAUUGUAUCACAUAUCUUUGACAGAAUGUUAAUGCAUGUAUUAAACAGUAAAACUGACAUCAAGUGCCAUUUAUUGUAAUCUUCUUCCAAUUUUUUAAAACUUUUUGUGAAAAAGAACUGGCAUUUCAAUUCAUUUUCGUACAGUUUAACAAAGCAGCAGCUCUCUUUUAUGUAAAUGUCUCUGGUUGUGAUCUCCUGAGUGAAAUAAAUGUUUCAUCUUGUUUAAA